GUAUCGUUCGUCGAGAAAUUCGUCUGCUAGGUCUCCAUCUUUCUUUUCUGGCCGACUUCCUCGAAGGAAGCCCCGCUCCACGUGGAAAUGGCACUAAAAUACAACCUCAUCAUCGGACAGGCCAAGGGCCACCGAGUCGUGAAGAACAAGCGAAUCGUGAAACCCACGGCUAAGGGAGGAAAGGUCUCGGCACAUACCAAGUUCAUUCGUGAGCUCGUUCGCGAAGUCACUGGAUUCGCUCCUUAUGAAAGAAGAGCUAUGGAAUUGCUCAAGGUCUCGAAGGAUAAGAGAGCAUUGAAGUUCUUGAAGAAGCGUCUUGGCACCCACCUCCGCGCCAAGAGGAAGAGGGAGGAACUGUCCAACGUUCUCACUCAACAGAGAAAAGCUGCGGCCCAGGCACACAAAUAAAGCGUUUACGAGGUGUGAGCCUCGGUUACGUGUA